AAAUCAACCAUAAAAUGAAAGAGCCUUAUCCUUCAUUCCCUUUGCUAACACUUCCAAACUAUCACAUAUGGCUUCAACAUUCCUCUCAUAUCCUGCACCUCGUCUUCUACACAAUAAUCACUUUCAAACCAAAAAGCACUUCUCCAUAAAAUGCACAACUUCAUUAAAUUCAUCUUCUUCUGAGUCAGAUUUUCCCACACCAGACCCUACAAACACUACAAUGAACAGUCCAGAAACAUUUCCACUAGAGAAAAGAAGAAGAUCAGAGAUAAUAAGACGGAGAAGGCCGAAAAACGACCUAGUGAAAUCGGAGCCACCGAACUUUGAAAUCGGUUGGAAAAGGACAAAAGUGAUUAACCUUGAGAAGCCUAUAGGGUAUGUGGUAGCUGAUUUUCUGGAGAAGUUGGAGGAACUUAUGAUGAAGAAUAAAUUUGGUUCAACAGAACUGUUGGCAAAAGUAGGUGAAAUCGUUGCUGAAAGGGCGAGAGAAGAAGCAGAAGUUUUGAGAGAUGAAGGGAAAGUUGAAGAGAGAAUGGUUGUUGAACUUUUUAGAGUUUUGAAGUUGAUGGAAAUGGAUUUGGCUAUGGUGAAAGCUGCUGUUAAGGAAGAUACUUUGGGGGAGAGGCUUGAUCAAGCUAAGGCUAGAUGCAGGCAAGCUAUACUUGUUGCUUAUUCCUUUUGAACUCAAUAUACAAUGUUGUGAACUUUGUGAUAAGAAUAUGAUAUUACUAAUGAACAUUAUUUUGUUUUAGUGACA